CUCUCUCUCUCUCUCCAGGGAUAGUUUAACAGGCUGUAGUGGAAGUUAUUGGGGUUUUCAAGGUUCCAGGGAUAGUUUAACAGGCUGUAGUGGAAGUUAUUGGGGUUUUCAAGGUUCCAGGGAUAGUUUAACAGGCUGUAGUGGAAGUUAUUGGGGUUUUUAAGGUUCCAGGGAUAGUUUAACAGGCUGUAGUGGAAGUUAUUGGGGUUUUUAAGGUUCCAGGGAUAGUUUAAUAGGCUGUAGUGGAAGUUAUUGGGGUUUUUAAGGUUCCAGGGAUAGUUUAACAGGCUGUAGUGGAAGUUACUGGCAUUUUCAAGGUUCCAGGGAUAGUUUAACAGACUGUAGUGGAAGUUAUUGGGGUUUUCAAGGCUCCAGGGAUAGUUUAACAGGCUGUAGUGGAAGUUAUUGGCGUUUAAAAUUUUUUUUCUCAAAUGUAAACGCUUUCUUUAUUUUCUCUUCUGUGUGUGUGUGUGUGUGUGUGUGUGUGUGUGUAUGUGUGGUGAGGAAGCAAGGCAAUGAUGAUGAUGAUAAUAGUGACAAGAACAGUAGAAGAAGUGACAAUACCAACAAGAACAACAACAACAACAACAACAGUAGUAUAUUAACAAGAAUGAAAAUAUUAAGUUGAAAAAAUUAACAGAACCAAAGAGUAACUGAUAGAAAGCAUGCAGGAAAAAAGGACAAGAUCAAGAUUAACAAAGAUAACAAUAACAUGAUGCAAGUGAUACUGACUGAGUUAGGGCAUGAUAGGAAUGAAAGAGUGGAGAAGACAGGAAAGGAAUGGAUGGUGUUGUUGCUGGGACUGGGUAGAGAGGCGAAUGAAAGGAUGAUUGAGGCGGUGAAAGAGUUUCUGGAGAGAAUGUGGCGUGCCAGGUGUAUGAACAAUUAGGAUAGAGGAUGCUGUUCGUUUCUCUUUUUUUUUUUUUUUCCCCCUUUCUACAGGAGUUGCCGAUCCAAAGGCCUGGCUCAGGAGUGAUCCUCUGCCACCUGUACCAUCAAGAUCAAGAUCGAGAUAACAAUGGGCCCCCUCCGCUCCGAGUGUGUACAAGUGGCUUUGCCUUGCUCUCUGAGUUUUCUCUGAGUUUUGUGGUUUGUUUCUCUUGCCUGUGUGCUGAAAUACCCUGAAAAUGGUGAUGAGCGCGUGUGGUUCAUGCGAGGAGAGUGUGGCGAACAGGCAAAGGGCUGUGGCAUGCGAGAGAUGCAUGACCUGGUUCCAUGUAGCCUGUGUGGGCAUGAGGGAGGCCAACAUGAAGGCGCUGGGAUUCGAGCUUCUGGUGUUCCUCUGCAGGGAAUGCCUGAGCAAGAGCCUCAAUGAAUUGAGGAACCAGGAUGAAGAAAAAGAAGAGAGUGGAGCAGAGCACCCAGACAGAAAACCUGAUGAAAGAGGCAGAAGCACAGACGACGAAGACUGAAGAAAGAAAAGACCAGCAAGAAGUGGUGGAAGUGGCCAGAACAGACAGACGCCCAAGGAAGAAGAGAAUGGUAAUCAAGAAAGCCCCACUACGUGUCAUUGGAGACAGCAUGGUAAGGAAGACUCCCGACUUUGUGAGAAGGGAAAUUGAGUGCACCAGCAUGGGAGGUGCUAAGAUUCAAGACGUCAAGAGGAAAGUCAAGGAAGAAGUGCAAGAAAUGGAAGAGAGAAGCCUGCUAGUUGUCCAAGGAGGAGGCAACAACUUAGUAGAGGCAAGUGCUGAAGACACAGUAAAGGAAGUGAUAGAAGCAGUGAGGGCAGCAGAAGAGAAGAUGUGUGUGGCUGUGGUGGGGGUCCUGCAGCGCCCACGGGAAGGAGUGCAGCAUGAGAGGGUCAGAAGAGAAACGAACCGCAAGAUAUGCAUGGAACUCAUGAAGGUCAAGAUGGAAUGGAUGACAGAGAAGAAGGGCAACGUGAGCUUCCUGGACAUGGAUGGGAUCCUUGACCAGGACAAAUUCUUCGGGAGAGACGGGGUCCACCUCAACCACAACGUGAAUGAGAGGCUAGGACGUCGACUGGCCGAGUGGAUGAGGGCGAGGCAGGUGUGUUGUGUGGACGACGCAUGACGAGGAGGACCCACUGAUGUCAGCAAACAUGAAAGAAAAGAGACUAACCAGGCACCGAGAGAGGACUGGAACGGGUGGAGCCUAUUUUGAAGUUCCACGUGGGAUCAACUCUCCUCCACUGGGCGGCAUCGAAGGGUUACGAUGACCUGGUGGUUGACCUCCUUGUUCGGGGCUUGUCUGUG